CACGAUUUGGUCGGAGCCAUGUUUCGUGGUGACGAUUUGUUGUUCCAAAUUCUCUCUAAUCACAAUCAACCCAAGAUCCCUUCUCAUCAAGAUCCCUUUUUCGAUUACAACAAUAUUAUCAUUACCAACAAUACUUGCAGCUAUGCCCCGCCACUUGCCGCCGCCGGCCGCCGCGGCCGUUCCUCCUCAGCCGCCGCUUCCUCCGGGAAGCCGCAACGAGGAGAUCGAAUGAUCCUACCGGAAGCUUGCGCCGAUGACUUUCCCGCGGCCGCUGCCGCCGCCACGGACGACAGCAGCAAGCUCAAGCGAAUUAUGCACCGGGAAAUCGAGCGGCAGCGCCGCCAAGAAAUGGCCACCCUCUAUGCUUCCCUCCGCUCUCUCCUCCCCCUCGAAUAUGUAAAAGGAAAGCGUUCGACAUCGGAUCACAUGCACGAGGCGUUGAAUUACAUAAAACAAAUGCAGAAAAACGUUCAGGAUUUGGGAAGGAAGCGGGAGAGGCUAAAGACGGCGGCGGCGAUUCGGAGUCCUUCUCGUGGUUCGGAGAAGAAGGGGGGAAGCUCAGCAGAUCAGACCCGAGCCGCGGGCCCCGGGAAUUUCGUAUCGGUCAGCGGUUGCCGGAACGGGGUUGAGGUUCUGAUCAACUGUGACGCCGGCGGCGGCGGCGGCGAGAGGGGAGGUUUUGCACUGUCGAGAGUGGUGGGGACGCUGCAAAAGGAAGGGGUUGAUGUGGUCAGCUGCGGUUCUACUAGGGCUGAUAAUAGGUUUCUUCAUUGCCUUCAGUCUCAGGUUAGUUAUGAGGAGAAAUGGAUUGAUCUCGAGGCGUUGCAGAAAAAACUGAACGACGUUAUCAAUUUAUAGAAAACUCAAAGGUUGCAUUUGUUUUUUUCAUGAUCAAUUCCUAUUAAUUAUCUUCUUAAUUAAUAUAAAAUUGUCAGCAUUGAUUGAUAAUUUAAUUUUCUCUGUGAUCUGAAAUUUGCUGCAAGUGUAGAAGCUAAUAAGCAUUGAUGUGUCACACUCUUGGGCGUUUUUUGUUUUUGUGGGGAGAAUUUUUUGGAACAUAGAAAAUAAAUGUUUUGAGUGUUU